CACAUCGAUGCUGACGAAGUCAUCGAUCAACUUCGCGGAGCCAAAUUCUUCUCGAAAAUUUACCUGCGCAGCGGUUAUCACUAAAUCCGCGUGCACGAAGCUGACUGCUACAAAACGGUGUUUCGGACCCAUACAAAACGGUGUUUCUGACCCGGUACGGGAGCUACGAGUAUACGGUUAUGCCUUUUGGCUUAACAAACGCGCCUUCGACGUUACAGUUAACCAUGAACGAAGUUUUUCGACCGCUGCUGGAUAAAUGCGUCAUCGUGUACCUCGACG